AUGACUCCCGCUCCCGCUAUAGUCCUUGGCCCGACCGAGCCUGCGCUCUGGCACAAGACACUGGGCGAGCUCGUCGACCUGCAAGAAGCGCAUUACGGUUCCAAAGAGGCGGUGGUUGUGCCGUGGCAGUCCGUCCGGCUCAGCUACCGCCAACUGGCCGAGAGAAGCCGGGUGCUCGCCCAGGCGAUGCUCAACAUGGGGUUGCGUCCAGGUGACUGCGUAGGCAUCACGGCGGGCAACUGUUACCAAUACCUCGAAGUCUUUCUUGGUAGUGGUCGCAUUGGCUGUCCCGUGGUGGUCUUGAACAAUACGUAUACCCCAGGAGAAUUGACUAGCGCAGUAUACCAGAGCUCAUGCAAACUCGUCUUCAUCAGCGCGAGCAUCAGCACAAGAGCCCUUUCAGACCACAUCCAGGCUCUUCGAGGCGAAGAAUCACCCAACCCGAAGCUCCCCGAUCUCCGCCGGAUCGUGCUCAUCGGAGACGGCAUCCACAGCCAAACAGGCAUCGACCUUGAACCCUACGACGCCUUCACAAGCAACGCCCACCCCAACCCACCCGAACAAGCCGCCAUUUCUCGCACCAUCUCCCCGGAAGACGUCCUGAAUCUCCAAUUCACCUCCGGCACGACCGGCUCCCCCAAGGCUGCCAUGUUGACGCACACAAACCUGCUCAACAACGCCCGCUUCGUCGGCCAAGGCCUAGCCCUCACCCCGCAGGACAAAGUCCUCAACCCACCCCCUCUAUUCCACUGCUUUGGCCUAGUCCUCGGCUUUUUGUCCUCCUUCAUCCACGGCAGCACCAUCAUUCUUCCCUCCCCGAGCUUCUCCGCCACUAGCUGCGUGAACACACUUCUCACGGAACACGCCACGGUGAUCCUCGGCGUGCCAACUAUGUACCUCGCCCUCCUUGACAUCCUCGCCCAAAAUGGCACCCAACCAUUAUCCUUACGAACCGCCCUCGCCGCCGGCUCCCCCGUCUCUCCAACGCUCAUGGCCCGCCUCCGGACAGAGACGGGGGUCCCGAAUGUGCUGAUCGCGUACGGGAUGACGGAGACAAGCCCGGUGACUUUUAUGACGCGUUUGAGCGAUGAUGCGGAGAAAGGGAUUACUACGGUUGGGCGGGUGCUGCCGCAUACGUGGGCAAAGGUGGUGGAUCGGGAGGGAGCCGUGGUUGCGCGCGGCGUGAGGGGGGAGCUGUGUACGGCGGGGUUCGCGGUGCAGAGGGGAUAUUGGCGCAACGUCCAGAAGACAGCGGAGGUGAUGCGGAGGGAUGAGGCGGGAGUGCUGUGGAUGUUUACGGGGGAUGAGGUGGUGAUGGAUGCGGAGGGGUUUGUGGCUGUGACGGGACGGAUUAAGGAUUUGAUUAUUCGGGGAGGCGAGAAUAUCUUCCCACGCGAGAUCGAGGAGCGGUUGACGGCGCAUCCCGCGAUCAGUGAGGCCAGUGUGGUCGGGAUCCAGGAUGAGCGGUACGGGGAAGCGGUGGGGGCGUUUCUGAAGGCCCGGGAGAGAAUCAGUCCCAGUAAACUCCGGCACUGGGUCAGUCAGACGCUGGGGCGGCACAAAGCACCCCAACAUAUCUUCUGGAUUGGCGAUGCCGGCGUCGGCGCGGAUUUCCCCAAGACCGGCAGCGGAAAAUAUCAAAAACAUCUUCUGCGUGAGUUGGGCAAUCGCCUGGUGCGAGUGAGGGAGCGGAAUCGGGCGAGAUUGUAG